AUGGAUAAACUAUCGACUUUCCAGGCCAAUGACCUGCGUCGGUUGUUUGAACUUGCGAAGAAACUACACCAGAAAGAGUUCUUCAAGGAAGUUCUCAACAACUUUCAGUACCAGAUCGUGAAGCAUGUUUUUGACAUUGGAAGCUUCGAGUUAUGGAGAGAGCUUCUUGAAGGCAACUGCUCUCUCAAGAUAGAUUGGCCGAAUGAGGACAAGCUGAAUCAAGAAGAGGAACAGGAGGCUUUGGAGGAAGGCGUCAAGCCGAUCCGAGCACUUGCUCUCAAUUUGCGUUUUUUGCUUUGGGAGAAGGCCAUCGAUUUUUUCUACGCCCAAUCCGCACACAACGUCACCAAUAGCAGAAUGUACAAUAUCGAACAUUCUUCCGAGGACUACCAGCUAAUAGAGCUGCUUGAGGAUAUACCUCAAAUUUGCGAGGAGGUGGGUUCUAAUUCUUCUUCGCAUGAGCACCCCAAGAAAGUGGUGAGGGCCGAGGAAGAUGACUACGAUGACGAAGAAGAAGACGACGAUGAGGAAGAGUCAUCCAAAGCGGCGCUCGAAACUUCAAAACAAGAUCCCGUCUCUGAAGCCAAUGAGAACUUUGAGCGCUCUGAAGAGGACCACAUUGUUCUUCACAUACCGAGCCAUUUAUUCCAGGCUAAGGCCAGCGAGGGUUCACAGGCUGAAUCCUACCAGACUCAAAUAUCCUCUGACGAUAUGGAGCCUGCCGCAGCAUCGCUUGAAGAUAGAGACUUGCAAAUCAUAAACUUCAACAAAAUCUAUCACAACUUCGAGUACGAUCGAGAAACACUCAUCAAGCGCCGGAAACUCGAAAAGUCAGACAUGCAAAUCGAGAACCUGAAAAGCACAGAGGGCGGCAGUUCAGAAAUCCAAAUAAACUUUGGUGCGGCGUCCCAUUCUCUCAAGCAUUUGCUCAAUACCAUCAGAGAUAAGAGGGACAACAUCAGCUUGACCGACCUCGAGUUGCGAAGCUUGUUUUUGGACAUCCGGAAAAACAGAGGCAAAUGGGCCAAUGACGACCGAGUGGGGCAAGAGGAAUUGUAUGAGGCCUGUGAAAAGGUCCUUUUAGAUUUGCGUGGGUACACAGAGCAUUCGACGCCAUUCUUGAACAAGGUUUCCAAACGAGAGGCUCCUAACUACGGGCUCAUUAUCAAGAAGCCCAUGGACUUGAACACUGUCCUAAAGAAGCUCAAGUCUUUAGCUUACCAGUCCAAAUCUGAGUUUGUCGACGACUUGAUGCUUAUUUGGAACAACUGUUUGAUGUACAAUGCAGACCCGAAACAUUUCUUACGAGCCCAUGCCUCGGCCAUGCAAAAGCGCACCCUAAAACUUGCGCCGUCUAUUCCGGAUAUUGUGAUAAGAAACCGGUCAGACAUCGAGAAGGAUGAUGACGGAGACACCGAGAAUAUGGUGUCUUCCACCGUCAAAGGAGGAAAGUCUUCUAAGAAGGGACAGAUGAGGAGAAGAGAGGAAGUCGUCAAGUCUGAGGAUACGGAAGCCGCAUUAACCGACCAGCUGGGAUCAGGGGCCAACACUUAUAACGGCACCCCAGCCACACCGGCUCCAGUUGAUACAAUAAUCUCAGAAAAUGGGAGUCUAGCACCGACUAAUGAAGAAAACGGCGAUGAAGAAGACGAAGACGCCGAUGAAGGCGAUGCUGACGAAAGGGAGGAAGACAACGAUGAUAUACAGGAUGCAGAGCUUCAAGCGUGGAAAGUAUUCACAGCAAAAUCGAGAGCUAACUAUUGUUCGAGCAGGGCAGCACUUUUUGAUGAAGACUUCAAGCUCAAGAUGGAUGCUGAGGCGAUCGUUCGCGAGUCCAAGAAGAUGAGCGACUUCAACCACUUUUUGGACAAUAAGGAAGUUGUCUCCAAGGGAAACAAAUUGCUUGACAACGACGAGCCAUAUUUGUUGGAGUACGACAUUGCAGGCGGAGUGCCUGAAAUCCCAUAUCCAGGCAUCGACGACCACACACAAGAGAACUAUGAAAACCGUAUGGCGGAAACGUUCGUGGAGAACCCAGAGGCACAAGAUAUCAACAAGGCAUCUGGCUUGAUCGUUUCUCAAAAUGAAGGGCUCAACAAGGCGUACACUCAGAACAUCACCGAGGUCCAGGAAAUACGGAGGAUUUGCUUCAAGAUAUCGUUGAUCAGACAAAUGCAGACUCAACAGUUCAUGCACAGAACCCAGAUGAGACAACCGGAGAUCGAACACAUAAGAGAAGUUGACAUUGAUCCGGUAUCCAAACUACCUAACCAUGACAUUUACAGCCCUCAGGUACAGUAUGCUGCUUUGAGAAAGAGCAUUGCUAAGAUUGCGAUGCAUACGGGGUUUGAGACUACCGAACAGUUUGCGAUCAAUACUCUCACGCAGGUUGCGGAAAGGUAUAUGCUGAACUUGGCCAAAUCCAUGAAGUUGCAUUGUGAAAGCACAUCACGAAAUACAGUCAGCGCAUCCGAAACCCUUUUGCUAACGUUGCUCGAAAACGGAGUGGAGAAGCCUGAUGAUUUAUUCACGUUUGUGCAAGAGAAAGUCAAAAAGACGGAGGCCAAACUCAAGGACCUUCGGAGCAAGCUCUCUGGGUUCUUGAAAGAGUUGCUCCGGCCGUCUUUGGAAAAGUUCAACGAGAAGAAUUUUGACGACAAUAGUGAGCAGUUCACGACCGGAGACUUCACCAGUGAGUUGGGCGACGACUUCUUUGGCUUCAAGGAAUUGGGCCUUGACAAGGAGUUCAACAUGUUGUCUUCAUCUGUGCCAGUGUAUCUUCUCCACGCAAGGCUCCACAACUCCUUCAACAAUGCAGGGCCCAUAAACAAAACAACCAAGUACGAGGACUUGCGUGAAUGGAAACAGAUCAAACUUCGCACGGAAGACGUGGGUAAGCAGAUCGGCAUUUUGCAGAUGUUCUAUCAGGGAUUGGCACAGCGAACGGAGGCAAACUACGUGAAACAGCAGAAGCGGAAAGGCGAGGUCAGCGAACAAUCUCCAGCGUCCGAGCUAUAUUUGAUAGAGGACGAGGAGUUGCCCCAGAAGCAAAGAAACAUCCGGCCGCGUCUUCCGCCCAAUGGCAAGAUCCUGUCGGUCAAGAAGAAGCCGCUCACCAGUGUAUAUGUUUUGCCAGAGGAGGAAGAGCAAGACGACAAUUCUUUGCUCGAUUUUCCGGAGAGCUUAGACGAGGUGAAGAUGGAGGCUUGA